AUGAAUUUUUAUACCAAAAGCGUUUACGCUGCUGUUGCACGAAUACAAAAUCCUGAUAUUAUAUCACCAACUGACAAUAAUCUAUAUAUAAUGCAGAGCGAAAUAUGUGUAAACCAUCUUCUUGAUAAUUACAAUAAUUGCUGGCCCAAAGUUUGUUGGAAAGUUCAAAAUCCUAACCUUUUUUUAGCAGAUUCUAAUUUAAUUGGAUAUACUGAAGGUCAAGCAAAUGCUUUUAAAGAAUUUUUAGAAAAACAUACUAAACUUCUACAAAAACAAAGUUUAAUAACAACUAUACGAACCAUUUUAUACAAUAAUGAUAGUCUUUUAGAAAUGCUAGAAAUUGUUAGACAGGCAAGAAAUCUUUUGGAAUUUUCUAAAGAAGAUCAAAUCAAUAUUGGAAAAAUCUGGAAACAAAGAGAAGACAAAUGUAAAUGUAAUAUUGCAGAAAUUAAUAAAAGAAAUGUUUUACAAUCUAAAAAAAUUGAAGAAAUACAAAAACAAUUAAAAGAAUUUGAUUUUUCGAAAGACUUAAUACCUUAUGGAAUUAAGAUUAAAUAUGAUGUAGUAAAUCAAGAAUUCCAAUCUUCGUUUACAAACUUAAUAUCUGACUUUGAUGAGUUUAUUUUUUGUGAAGGAUAUAAAUAUUUUCCAAAACAAUCUCCAAAAGGCUUAUGUCAGUUAUGUUAUUUCUAUAAUGAACAUGGAUUAUCUUCUUAUAUUAUAAAUUCUAAGUUCCAUAAAAUUGAUAAAGAUCAAACAAUAAUACCUACAGAGCUAAUUGAUCCUGUAAUCACUAAUUUUUUUAAAUUUGAUGGUUACCGAGAAUUUCAACAAGAAAGUAUAGAAUCAUUUCUUAAGAAACAAGAUACUUUAACAAUUUUGCCAACAGGAACUGAAAAAACCCUUAUUUUUUCUGCUGCAAGCAUAUUAACAAAAGCUUUAAUAGUUGUUUUUACAUCUUUAAAAGCAAUAAUAGAAUGUUAG